AUGUUAAAUUCAACAGCACCUCGUGGCAGAGGUCGUGGUCGUGGACGAGCAGGUGCAUGUUAUUGGUUAGCACGCGGUUCAUAUCAGGCAAUAUCGGUCACUCAAGUUGGCGCAACGUUAACUAUCGACAAAAAAUUAUCUUGUUUUUUUCGUGAUAAUUUGAAUUUAAUCGAUUUCUUGUCUGAUUAUCUUCGUCAUGAUAUGACACAAUCACCACGUUUUACAGAAAGGGAAGAGCGCGGUUUACUGAACGUACUUGAAAUGAUUAAAAUUUAUACUAAACAUACACCAGCAAAAAUAGCGUAUGAUGUGGUUGGAUUUGGUUUACCAUCCAGCAACCAAAUGGUCAUAAUUACUGGAAACGACGGACAAAGACAAGAAACAACAGUGGCCGAGUAUAUGUCAACAAAAUGGAGUAUCACACUUAAGCAUCCACAUGUACCCACGAUUCAAGCGAAAGUCGGUAGUGGAAUUCUACGUCCGAAUAUUUCUUACAUACCACCUGAAUUAUGUUUCAUCCAAGAAUGGCAGAGUGUUCAUAAUGAUCUUUUAUCACCUAUGCAACAAAAAGAAAAAUCAAACUUAAGUAUUAUCAAACCGGUAGAUCGAUACAAUGAUAUCAAACAGAUAUUGCGUGAACGCGAAUUAAGUUCAGAUCCUUAUUUGAACCAUAUUAAAAUGAAGGUUGACACUCGAGAAAUGUUACACAUACCUGCACGUGUGUUAGAUCCACCAGUAAUUGAAUAUCGAAAUGGAGAAGUGACGGUGAAUAUUGGCAAAUGGCAACAGAAAGGCAAAUUAUUUCAAGAAACGCCUGAUAUUAAGAAAUGGGCUACGAUUCUUGUCUCAGACAGAGAAUUGAAUCGUGAUGAUCGAAAUGUGUAUUAUCAAUUUCAAAACCAAUUCAGUCGGGUAAGUGUACACCAAGGGAGAAACAACUGACUCCAGUCGUAUGGAGUCAUCAGGAGUCAAGUGAAGCCCAGAGUCUGCUGUUUAACCCUUGCCCACCCAUCUAAGGGGGAAACAAUGGGACCCAGUCGUGUGGAGUCACAUGGAGUCUGCUAUUUACCCCUUGUGCACCCACCACUAGGACUGUUACAGUUCCAAUUCUAGAAACUCGUGAAAGGUUCUCUAGGCCCAAAACUGUCACACUGCUGGCAAAUAAUAAAGUGAUUACUCAUAACGACUCAUGUUUAAGGGUUUUGGCUUAGCAUUGCAUUAGUAUUAGCAUAAUGCCAAUGUUUAUGGUUCCUAAUAACCGAGAAAUUGCGUUCUGUUGUGGGAAUCUAGGCCCAAUAACAGGACAAUUGUGUUCUGGUGUGGGAAUUUAAUCCUGGUAACAGAACAAAACUGUUUCGUUUUGGGAACCAUAAGUACUCAUCAAUGAGUAUUUUUGAGUAAUAAUGAGCAAUGGAUGAAUUGAUUGAU